GCAAUUAUAGUAUCUGAUUGGUGGAUACUGACAAGGCCCUCCUAUAUUCUUCCUCAUCAACUUUGUAUACAAACCAGCAGUUCUCUUCGACCACCAUAACCCAAGUUUUAUUAUCAAAACUUUGAACUCCUUCUUUUCGUGACCAGCAAAGCUCGAGGAGAAUUGUCUCCCAAAACGGCUGCACGGGUCAUGCAAAAGGAGGCAAGCUAUGUGCUUUGUUCCAAAACUGAACAGUAACAGGCUUGCAAAUGCUCUGGAAGAAUAUCUACAGAAAGAAGAUGGCGACUCGAUCGACGUGAGACGGGUUUUUCACUCCAUUCUCCGUACAGAAGGAAAUGAGAUUACUCCUUCCAUCUAUAGCAACACCACCCGAUGGAUAUGGCUGUUAAACCAAGACUUUGAAUACCUCCCCGACACCUUCUCCCUCACUAUUAGCCUCCUCAACAGAUUCCUGUCACUAGUUAAGGCCAAGCCCAGAUACCUGUGCUGUAUAGCAAUCACCUGUUAUUUCCUGGCCAUUAAGACUGUUGAAGAAGAUGAAAGCAUCCCCUCCCUUUCUGAGUUGGUGCAAGUGAGUGAAUGUGGCUGCUCUGUGUCUGAUGUACUUCGCAUGGAGCGCAUCAUCCUCACCAAGCUCCAGUGGAAUCUGACCCCAGUUACAGCCCUUCAUUUCCUUUACCUGUAUGAAGCUCUUGUGCUUCCUGACUCUGCCUUUGGUGGCAUGGCUCCACGCCAGCAUAUGAACAUGAUGACUAUUAAGUUGGAUGAUUGCCUUUGCAAUGUGAACUUCACCCAGUUUAAGGUUUCUGUGUUGGCCUUGGCUAUAUUCAGCCAAGAGCUGGAGAGCUUGUCUCCAUCUGGCUGGCUGACUGCUGUCAUCAAGCUUCAGAAGCUGACGCGUGUUGAAUUUGGUGACCUCAUCAGAUGUCGUGAGCUACUGCAUUCAACAUUUGGGGUGGAAACCCAAAAAGCAGCCACUAGAAAGUCAAGAGAAACCAAGCGCUUCUUCCAUCAAAGCCUAGCAACCAUUCCUGAGGGAGUCGAAGAACUGUCUGUCAUUCUUCCAGAUCAUUUGCAUACAGACAAGCCAGUCCCUAUUGAAGCGAAUUCUGAUAGUUGUGAGUUUGAGGGAGCAGCGAUGCGAGAUGAGCUCAAGCGCCUUAGCAGCAUGGUUGAAGGCAUAUUGAGUGAUGAGGACUGCAUGCCAGCACCUAAGCGUCGCCGCUCAGAGAAACCACUUCCUUGUGGCCUUCAGUCUCAACUUAGAUGUGGAAUUUGCAACAGUGGGGUCCAAGCAAUUCAAGCGAUUGCCUUGUAAAAGUGUCAGUUUUGGAACAAAGGCUGUUUAUUCUGUUGCUGUACCCCAAAAAUAUUAUUGUCUAAUUUAGUUUAGGUUUAGGGUUUGUUUUGUUUAAGAUGCUAUGAAGGAUCCAAAAAAAAAUUCAAAACAGAAAAGAGGAAAAAGAUUUGUUCAGAUUUGCUCAAUAGGGCAUCAGAUAUAGGACUUGACUUUAUAAGCAAUUAAAUUUCAUACCUUUAAUGUUAUGCUUCUCUCAAUUUGAUUGUUGAUUCAACUUUGAGGUAUCAAGAUAUUUUGUCCACACAGACAGAAAAACAUUUCAUUAUAACAUGCCAUUAGCAUAAAAAAAUAUUUAUCUUUUUAACAAUUCUUAAGGAUAACUUUUUGGUUUAUCCAUCAAUGUAUGUAUGUUUGAGGUUGGUGAGUUUUUUCAGUGGUAACGGUUUCUAAGUAUCAAGGUAUCUUCAACAUAAUAAUGUAAUAUUAAAAUCCAACAUAGCUCUAUAAUAAAAGGUGUAGGAACAGAUGCAUUGAAACUGACAUCCUAUGGUAUACAUGGCUGAUAAUCAACGACUUGGACUGGACAUGGACAAUCCAACAAGGGUACUUCUGUUCCCUUUUACAACACAAAAACCAAAGAAAAAUAAAAAAACCCGGUUUUUUUUGCCUGUA